AUGAGCGAUCACUUGGGAUUGAAGGGCCCGGCUGGGCGGAGACAAAUGCUGUUUCUCUCUUUGCUGUCUUUGUUCUGCCCGGUGAUCUCGGAGCAGAUCCUCUAUACUAUUCCGGAGGAGCUGGCCAGGGGCUCGCUUGUGGGAAACCUCGCCAAGGAUCUGGGGGUUGGCGUUGGAGAUUUGCCUGCUCGAAACCUGCGUGUUAGUGCACAGAAGAAACUGUUUACAGUGAGUACUGAGAAUGGGGACUUACUUGUUAGUGACCGUAUAGACCGAGAGCAGAUUUGUGGCGAGAAGUCGACAUGUGUUCUAGAAUUCGAAUUGGUGGCCGAAAAGCCUUUGAACUUCUUUCAUGUAAGUGUGGUAAUUCAGGAUGUCAAUGACAAUCCACCAACCUUUAGCCAAAAUAUCACUGAAUUGGAAAUCAGUGAACUGGCUGUAACCGGAGCCUCCUUUGCCCUGGAACCCGCGCAAGAUUCAGACGUAGGUGUCAAUUCCCUGCAGCAGUACUACCUCAGUCCCAACCCACACUUCUCUUUGAUCCAGAAGGAGAACCCAGAUGGCAGUAGGUACCCAGAACUGGUAGUGAAGACUCCCCUGGACAGGGAAGAGCAGUCACGCCACCACCUGGUCCUCACGGCUGUGGAUGGGGGUGACCCAGCCAGAAGCUGCACUACCCAGAUCAUGGUGGUUGUGGCAGAUGCAAAUGAUAAUGCACCAGUGUUCACCCAGGACAUUUACAGGGUCAGUGUUCCAGAGAACCUGCCUGUGGGCUCCUCUGUACUAAGAGUGAUGGCCACUGACUUGGAUGAAGGGGUCAAUGCUGUGAUCACCUACACUUUCAUCAACAUUGGUAGGGCAGUGAGACAGCUGUUCAAACUGGACAGUACAACAGGGGAACUCACCACUGGCGGAGGACUGGACUUUGAAGAGAGAGCGAGCUACACAAUUGGGGUGGAAGCAAAGGAUGGUGGACAUCACACAGCACACUGUAAAGUACAAAUAGAUAUUUUGGAUGAAAACGACAAUACACCAGAGAUAACCCUGGAUUCUGAAUCUAAACAUAUUCUAGAAGAUGCUGAGUUGGGGACUGUUGUUGCCCUGAUCAAAACCUAUGACCUCGAUUCUGGAUUUAAUGGGGAAGUUUUCUGCCAACUAAAAGGAAAGUUCCCAUUUAAAAUAGUUCAAGAUACAAAAAACACAUACAAGUUGGUCACAGAUGGAGCCCUAGAUCGAGAGCAGACUCCGGAAUACAACAUUACCAUCACAGUCACCGACAGGGGAAGGCCAGCCCUCUCCUCCAACAGAAGUGUCAUCUUGAACAUUGCUGAUGUCAAUGACAAUGCUCCUGUUUUCCACCCGGGCUCUUACGUGGUCCACGUGGCAGAAAACAACCCGCCCGGAGCUUCUAUUUUCCAAGUCAGCGCCUCAGAUCCCGACCUGGGGCCCAACGGCCGCGUGUCCUACUCCAUCGUGGCCAGCGACCUGGAGCCACGGGCGCUGGCGUCCUACGUGUCCGUGAGCGCGCAGAGCGGCGUGGUGUUCGCGCAGCGCGCCUUCGACCACUUGGGCGACAGGGACGCGGCCCGCCAGCGCCUGCUGGUUGCCGUGCGGGAUGGAGGACAGCCGCCCCUUUCCGCAACUGUCACGUUGCUCCUGGUUUUCGCAGACAGCCUACAAGAGGCGCUGCCGGAUGUCAGCGACCGUCGGGAGCCCUCUGACCCCCAGGCUGAGCUGCAGUUUUACCUGGUGGUGGCCUUGGCCUUGAUCUCAGUGCUGUUUCUCCUAGCAGUGAUUCUAGCGGUUGCGCUGAGCCUGCAACGCUCCUCCCGCCCUUCCUCCUGGAGCUGCUUUAAGACUGAUGUCUGCUCCAAGACUGGAUCUGGGGUUAUUCCCAACUUUAGCGAAGGGACUUUGCCUUAUUCUUACAAUCUAUGUGCUGCCUCACAUUCCUCAGAGACUGAGUUUAAAUUUCUCAGUAUAAAGCCUGAAAAUGGUCCAUCACAAGAUCUUCUAUGUAAUGAAGCCUCUUGGUUUGAAAGUGCCAAUAAUGAUAAUCGCAAAAUGACUUCUAAUUCAGUCAAUUUGCAACAGGUGAGUUACGUCAAAACCUUUUAUUUCUACAAGUAUAAUUAG